AGGUCGAGAUGGAUUUCUUGGUUUCUUCACUGUAAUUUUUCUUGUUGAAUGAAUCUUCAUUGGAACUCAUGUUGUUUGCUAGUGCUUUUCCAGCAGUCACGGAGCCUUUUGGUCAUUCUAGAAGAUAAUGGAGCCCUUACCUCUUUUGUAUUUCUCUAUUUGUUCCACACCUCUUGCUCUGCAACAAUCCGAUCUGCUCUUCCCACUUGUCCUACCACUUUUGAGAUAAAUUAUCAUCUUUAUUCACCAAAGAUUUGGAGCAACAGGGGAAGCAUCGAGGCAGAUCAGAUAGAUUAGCAAAAAGAUUCCUCUCCCAAAUAACCCAGGAUGCCCUCUAACCUCUUGCUAAUGAACCCAGAAUUUCUAGGAUCGAGCGAUCCUUUGUCUCAUAAGCAUUUCUGGAACUCUUAGAAAAGCGCAGAGGCAGACAAAGCUUCCCAUUAGCGUAGGAAUGGCUGGGGGGCAACUGCAGGUGCUUAAUGCACUUGAUCAAGCGAAGACACAAUGGUACCAUUUCACUGCAAUCGUAAUUGCGGGCAUGGGUUUCUUUACGGAUGCCUAUGAUCUGUUCUGCAUCUCACUCGUCACCAAAUUGCUUGGUCGAAUAUACUACCAUGUUGAUGGAUCGACUAACCCUGGAAGCCUGCCUCCCAAUGUGUCAGCCGCUGUCAAUGGCGUUGCAUUCUGUGGCACACUCGCCGGCCAGCUUUUCUUCGGCUGGCUCGGUGAUAAGAUGGGUCGUAAGCGUGUCUAUGGUAUGACCCUCAUGCUCAUGGUGAUUUGCUCAAUAGCUUCCGGGCUUUCAUUUGGACAAGACGCAAAAGCUGUGAUGGCCACCCUCUGUUUCUUCCGCUUCUGGCUCGGAUUCGGCAUCGGUGGUGAUUACCCACUUUCUGCCACAAUCAUGUCUGAAUACGCCAACAAGAAGACUCGUGGGGCCUUCAUCGCUGCCGUCUUUGCCAUGCAAGGCUUUGGAAUUUUGGCCGGUGGGAUGGUGGCAAUUAUCAUCUCUGCUGCAUUCAAGGCCAAAUUCCAUGCCCCAGCUUACGAGGUUGAUCCAAUUGCUUCGACUGUGCCACAGGCGGAUUAUGUCUGGCGUCUUAUCCUAAUGUUUGGUUCAUUGCCUGCUGCUUUAACGUAUUACUGGCGUAUGAAAAUGCCCGAGACUGCUCGAUACACCGCCCUUGUUGCUAAGAAUGCAAAACGGGCGGCGAGCGACAUGUCAAAAGUCUUACAGGUUGAAAUUGAGGCGGAGCAGGAUAAGGUUGAGAGUCUGUCGCAAGACACUUCCAACUCAUUUGGCUUGUUCUCCAAGGAGUUCCUUCGUCGUCAUGGGCUUCACCUGCUGGGAACCACCAUGACAUGGUUCUUGCUGGACAUUGCAUUUUACAGUUCCAAUUUGUUCCAAAAGGAUAUUUUCAGCGCAGUUGGAUGGAUACCUCCGGCAAAGACGAUGAGUGCACUUGAAGAGGUUUAUAAAAUUGCAAGGGCACAAACGCUUAUUGCUCUGUGCAGUACUGUUCCAGGGUACUGGUUUACGGUAGCUUUCAUUGAUAAAAUUGGAAGGUUUAAAAUUCAGUUGAUGGGUUUCUUCUUCAUGACGGUGUUCAUGUUUGCAUUGGCCAUUCCCUACCAUCACUGGACCCUGAAGGAUAACAGAAUUGGCUUCGUUAUUAUGUAUUCUCUGACCUUCUUCUUUUCAAACUUUGGGCCUAAUGCCACUACAUUCGUCGUGCCAGCGGAGAUCUUUCCGGCCAGGCUACGGUCGACAUGUCAUGGUAUAUCAGCUGCAUCUGGGAAGGCUGGGGCAAUGGUUGGGGCUUUUGGCUUCUUGUACGCAGCGCAGCCGCAGGACAAGACAAAGACAGAUGCAGGGUACCCACCAGGUAUAGGGAUCAGAAAUGCCCUAAUCAUGCUCGGUGCUAUCAACUUCUUUGGUAUGGUGUUUACUCUGUUGGUACCAGAGUCAAAAGGUAAAUCGUUAGAGGAGAUGUCAGGUGAGAACAUAGAAGACAACGGAAAUGGUAGAGAAGACUUGGAUCAGCAAGCUGCUGAUUACACUAGCAGUACAAAUCCUGUGUAAUUUAGUCCCGGCUCAUAAGCUUUUCUCUUUUAGCGUAGGAUCAUCAAAAGAAGGUCUCUUGUUAUGUGUCAAAAAAAAAAAAGGUGUCUUGUUUCUUCUUCUUUUUUGAUGCUAAUCUUAGUUGUUAUUCCAAAGAGUUCAAACUCUGCAGGGUCUCUGUGACUGCACUGCUAAUAUGGCAAAUUAUAAGUAAAAUUUUCAUCUCAUUUCUGCCCA